CCUCCCGCCCCCGGCACCUCCCCGCGGUCUUUCACCCCGUGUGGUUACGAAAGCGAGACCCCCUCCCCCCGGGGCUAUAAAACGCGGCGGGCCGCUCGGCUCCCUCGCUCCUCGCGCGCGCGAACGCGGCGGCCAGGCUUGCACGCGGCUCCGGCUGGGCGGACUUCUGGGUGAGAUGGAGUGGGUGUGGGUGCUCGUGCUGCUGGCGGCGCUGGGAGGCGGCGGCAGCGCCGAGCGAGACUGCAGGGUGAGCAGCUUCCGAGUCAAGGAGAACUUCGACAAGGCUCGGUUCUCUGGGCUCUGGUACGCCAUCGCCAAAAAAGACCCCGAGGGUCUCUUUUUGCAAGACAACAUCAUCGCUGAGUUUUCCGUGGACGAGAAGGGUCAUAUGAGUGCCACGGCCAAGGGCCGCGUCCGUAUUCUGAGCAACUGGGAGGUGUGUGCAGACAUGGUGGGCACUUUCACAGACACGGAAGAUCCUGCCAAGUUCAAGAUGAAGUACUGGGGUGUAGCCUCCUUUCUGCAGCGAGGAAUCGAUGACCACUGGAUCAUCGAUACGGACUACGACACCUUCGCUCUGCAGUACUCCUGCCGCCUGCAGAAUCUGGACGGCACCUGCGCAGACAGCUACUCCUUCGUGUUUUCUCGUGACCCCAACGGCCUGACCCCGGAGACGCGGCGGCUGGUGAGGCAGAGGCAGGAGGAGCUUUGCCUGGAAAGGCAGUACAGGUGGAUCGAGCACAAUGGUUACUGUCAAAGCAUACCCUCAAGAAACAGCUUGUAGCAACAGCAAGGAUGUAAAGUUUCCUUUGAAAACUUCUGGUUGACUCUCAUCCACUCUUCAUCUCUAUUUAUCUUCGAAGUUUAGUUUUCCACCUCUCCUUCCCUUCUCUGGGUGGACAUUAAGCCAUCAUUGACAGGCCUAAAAUUAUACGUGUGAAUGACCAAAUCUGUUCACACACAUGUGUAUCUUACUGAAGUUCCUUGCGAGACGGCCGAGGCUUGGGAUUCCAAACUUGAUUUAUUAAACAUGUAGUCACCAUC